AUUCACCAAUGGGUGAAAACAAUGUUUUGUUCUUGUGCGGAGCAAUGCAAAGAGGAAACCACACUAACUCAAUCUGUCUGACAGCUGUCAUCGUCAGUCGUUGCGCACAAAGGCAGAGCAGAACAUCUUCACACUUCUUAUAGAAAAAAAAAAACACUAGUACCACAGCAGCAGCAGCAGUUAUAGCUGACCUCCAAAGAACGCUGCACACAUGGCGGACGCCCCGCUCAAUAACUCCUGGCCUUCCUUCUCCAAGCUCUGGAUGAAGAGGUGGUCAUUCAAAAGAGCCUCCGAGUCCAAGUCAUACAGCGGACAACCGAUUGGACAGGCAAGUGGACAUCAGAUUGAACAAUCGCGUAGAAAAUUGAGUGGACAACAGCAUCCUGUAAGGACAAUAUCCUCACCCUCUCCAUCACCUCCUUCCAUCACCGAGGAUGUCUUUUUUGGGAACAGCAACGAGGAUCAGGAUGCGUCCUCUGUCGUGAGUGAAUGUGAGGUGAGAGGUGUGGAAGUGAGCAGCAGCACAGAGGACUUGCAAGGCCUCAGCUCUUCUUCUUUGGGAGACUCAGACUACUUCAGAGAUUUAGAGGCAGUUCUCGACGGGCCUCUGAAGACCAGCAGUCCAGAGUUGAGCUCGCAGAGCACAGAGCCGCAUUCGAUUGAGAAACCAUCAUUGGAGGAAGCGCCUGGCCCCCUUGUGGUCACCCAGCUUAGCCCCAAGCUCUUGCCGAGCUGCAUAAUUGACAGGCAUGACUCCUUGGGCCUGAAAGUUGGUCUUAGUGUGACUAUUGAUUUGGAAGGACUGUUGGGAUCAAUGGAAACAACUCAAAACAAAACAGAAUCCGUUAAUCAUGGGAACAUGAUGCAUAUAAAUGGAGAUGUAGAAGUUGAUAGUUUUCCUAAUUUAGUGAGAUCCAUGUCCACAUCACGCAGGCACAGCUGGGGUGUUCCUGUUGCCCCCAUCAGCCUGGGAAGGAGACUCAGUUUAGACACCAUGACCUUGGACAGUGAUGGAGAUGAGGAUGAAGAAGGGCACAUGGCACUCUUCCAGUCCACCCAGCAAACAAUCAACAGCUGUACAACCUAUCCUGUCGACGAGACAGAUGGUCCCAAAGAGACAUUCUCCUCUCCCAAUGCUAAGGCUGAUGGUGUUCCCGGCAAGCAAGUGUAUUCCCGCUCUGAGAUCCUGGCAACAGACGAAUGUUCACGUGCAGCACACAUCACUCGUAUUGUACGGACAUCCAAACAAGCUGCGAUGGCAGCAGGAGCAGAGGAGUUUGACCCUGAGGAACACCUGCACUCCAACGAGGGGCAGAGUCACAUGCUGAUGGUACAGAAAGUUCUGCAGGAGCUAAAGUUGUACCAUGGGGCGAAGCAGAGGAACAAUCGAAGCAAUAACAGAGAUUCCGAAAAUGUCACUUGGUUUGAGUUCCUGUCAAAUGAGAAUGAAGAAGAGGAUGAUCGAAGUGAGAAGGUGGAAAAGGGCACCAAGGUGAAGAGGACUCUCAGCUCGUUAAGGAACAGGAUGACCGGUUCCUUCAAUAAAGAUAAGGGUAAGAACCGAGAGAAAGAGCAACAGAGGGGUAAGGAGAAGGAGCGGGAGGCCAAGGAGAGAGAUUGCAGCUACAGCAACGGCCAUCUUUUAGCACUCGGCACUUUUUCCAGCUGCGCCACCUGCUCGCUGUGUGGCAAGACACUGCAGAAAAAGCACAGCCUGCAGUGCAUGAAUUGUGCUGUAAAUGUUCACAGGAGCUGCAAGUCUUUGCUUGGUGAGUGCACCAGCACCAAGAACAAGAGAGAUUCUUUAUCAAGGACAGGCCCCUCUGGAUCCCCUAAUCUUGCAUUAAAAGACCGCCACCGAGAGCAGGAACAGUCAGGCAUAGCCUCAUCCCAGACCCUUAAUGGCCUCGCAACUUUUCCUGGCCCUCCCGGCAUGACCACUAUUCCUCGGAGACCAAGUAACCAGCUUAUUGCAACGCAUAACAUCACCCCAUCUUCUGGAGCUCCUACUUUUUAUCUUGGGCACAGCCUACACCACAGCAGCUCAGGAUCUCUCCCUGGGGAGAUGGAUGAACCUGACACGCUCCGCUUUAAACGCUGCAAUGAAGACACAAUUUCUCUUGUUCCCUCCAACACUGAGUCUGUCAUAGUGGAAGAUGCUCAUUAUGCAGCGUUGCGAGCCGAUCUGGAGUGUGAUGCUCAGGAUCUGGAAGCAGAGUCCUGGAGUUUGGCAGUUGACCAGCAGUUUGUUAAGAGACUCUCUAAAGAGGCCACGAAGAGACAGGAUGUCAUAUAUGAGCUGAUGCAGACGGAAAUGCACCACGUAAGGACACUGAAGAUAAUGCUUCAUGUUUACAUCAGAGCGUUGAAAGACAACCUUCAGAUGGAUUCCAGUAGACUGGAAUGUUUAUUCCCGCGCUUGGAAAACCUCCUGGAGCUCCAUGUGCAUUUCUUGUCCCGUCUUAAAGAACGCAGACAAGAAAACACGCUCACGGACGGCAACUACACAGUGGACAGAAUAGCAGACAUACUAAUAGCACAGUUUUCAGGUGAUUUAGGUGAUAAAAUUAAAGACAGCUACGGCGAUUUCUGCAGUCAUCACACAGAGGCUGUGAGCUACUACAAAGAACAGAUGCAAACAAACAAAAGAUUCCACAGCAUCAUACGAAAAAUCAACAACCUGUCCAUUGUACGACGGUUAGGAGUUCCUGAGUGCAUUUUGUUGGUAACACAGCGCAUUACCAAGUACCCAGCACUUGUAGAGCGCAUCCUGAACAGCACUGAAGCGAGUACUGAAGAACACAUCGAGCUGAACCGUGCACUUGGCUUGAUUAAAGACACGAUUGUUCAAGUGGAUUCACUGGUUAAUCUGCACGAAAAGACAUGCCGGCUUCGUGACAUCCACAACAAGAUGGAGCCAAAGGCACUGGGCAAAAUCAAAGAUGGUCGCGUGUUUCGCCGGGAAGACUUGGCGCAGGGUCGACGACGCCUUCUACACGAAGGCACUGUCAACUGGAAAGCUGCCUCUGGCAGACUUAAAGAUAUUCUUGCAGUUCUCCUUUCUGACGUGUUACUGCUGUUACAAGAGAAGGAUCAGAGAUAUGUAUUUGCAGCAGUGGAUAACAAGCCGUCAGUCAUCUCUCUUCAGAAGUUGAUUGUAAGGGAGGUGGCCCAUGCCGAAAGAGCCAUGUUCCUCAUCUGCGCUUCUUCCAAUGAGCCUGAAAUGUACGAGAUCCACACCACUUCUAAGGAGGAAAGAAAUACCUGGAUGACACAGAUACGGCAAGCAGUUGAAAGCUGUCCUCAUACGGAGGAGAGGCUGUUCAGUGAGGAGGAAGAGGCUCGAGCUUGCAGGUUAAAGGAAUUUCAAGACCGUCUAAGCCAGAAGGAUGCUGUGAUUGUCCAGGCGCUCUCUGAGAAGUUGCAACUUUUUGCUGACAUGGCAGAGUCUGUGGCAGGUCUGGAGGACUCAGCUUCCCGCUCCAAACUUCUGUUGCGAGGUGAUGCCUCAGAUCUCCAGCAGGGGGAGGCCUUGCUCAAAGGAGCCAUCACUGAGGUGGAAAACCUCCAGAAUUUGCUCCAGUCUGGAGUAAGGGAUAAAGUCCUGUCAUCACAGCAAGAUGAAGAGAGCAGCUCUGGAAUCUUGCCUAAGAGAGCAGAAACCUUUGGGGGCUAUGACAGCAGCCCCACCAUCCUCACUAAGAAUGGCAAUAUGAAGAAGAACUUUUCUGGCGAGUCCAGAAACAGAGACCGAAGCCAGCGAGCCAGCUCUGACCCUCAGCUCAAAGAACUCUGCGGCAGCCAAACUCUGGAGCAGACGGUUGAUCAGAGCUUCUGCACGCCAUCGAGAUGGAACCGAAUCUGGUCCAACCCAUUCCCUGAGGCAGAGUUCUUUGAUAAAGUGCUAAUGCUUUCUCAAAGGCUCUACAGUCUGCAGGCCAUCAUAUCGCAGCAGGAUAGCCACAUUGAGUUGCAGCGCGUCUCGCUGACAGAGCGCGCUUCUUUGCCUGGGCGCCACCGAGGGAAUGUUCUCCUGGAGCAGGAGAAGCAGCGUACGCUGGCCCUGCAGAGAGAAGAGCUCGCCAGCUUCCACAAACUACAGUCUCAGCAUCGCCAGGAACAGCAGCGCUGGGAGAAGGAGCGAGGGAAGCACCGCCAACAAGUGGAGGCCACAGAGGCCAGGCUGCGGCAAAGGGAGGAGGAGUGCAGGCGGCUGGAGGAGCGGCUGGCAGAGGAGAGGGUGGAGCUAGAGAGGCAAAGGGAGACUUACCAACAGGACCUGGAGAGGCUCAGAGAGUCCACUCGAGCUGUAGAAAAAGAGAAGGAACGCCUGGAACAUCAGAAGAAGAUCAAGAGGAAAACCAUUGAGGUGGCUCCUAUGUCAGGCAGUCUAAAUGGGGAACUACUCUUAUCCUCUGGCCUCAGCAGCUCUACCGGCCUCUCCGACACACCCAUGGCCCCAAAGCCCCUGGUGCGCGGCAGCAUGUCAGUGGCGCCGGCUGACUAUCCGGAGCGGCCCGAGGUGACGUUACGGCGAGACGGAAGCUCCUCCACCCUACCUCUGAAGAUAGAGGUGCCGUUGCACCUCUUUAGCACCACCAACCAGCAGCACAAAUUAGUGGGGGUCCAGCAGCAGAUCCCUACCAAGCUGGCCGCCCUCAGCAGCAGCAGCAGCAAAGGCAAAGGUGUGAAAAGUGGAAAGGCCUCGCAGCGCACAGAUAGCACUGCCUCAGUGGACAUGAAGCAGAUUCUCCCCCUGAAGCUGUCGGCGCGUGAUGACAACGCCCUCAAAGCCAAGCGCUCGGUCAGCCCCCACCAACAACCACCGCUGUCUGUGUCUCCUCUGCCACCCUCCCUCCAUCAUCACGGAGAUCAUCAGCAAAAUCCUUCAGACGCUUCUGGACCGGAUUCUCAACCUGGAGUUUUUAGUGGCAACUACCCAGCAACUAUACAGAAGCCUUCCAUGCCACCUCCUCUGCAGUCUUGCACACAGUCUCUCGCCAUGCCGGCCCCUUCUCAGACCACCGCAUCACUCCAGUUCCCAGCCAACGUGCAGCUGCAAGGCUUCUGCCUGGGCCACAGCAUGCCGCUUCCGCCGCCGCCCUACGACAUCAACACAGAAGACCUCAACAAGGAAGACGUCAUCUUCUUCUAAACUCGGCAGACCCUAAGACUGCAACACACACGGUGGUCUCCUUUUUACGUUUAGCUUGUUUCGGAACUUUAACAAAAGCACCGCAAGAGUGGCGAUCUUGGGCUUCUUCAAACGAACAUACGCGGAUCCAAAGAUGGCAGCCGGUGACGUGAAGUUGAGACCGCCAGGUGCUGAAGCGUAAAAAAAAAAAAAAAAAAAAAAAGACUUGGCACGCGCUGCGGCAGGAAGUCCCAAGUGAUGAACCGCAAUGUGUUUGAUGGUUCAUUUGCACAGUGUAAAAACUCCAUUCCUGACUCUUGAAUGAGCCUUUAUGGUUCUUUUUUUAAUGGUCUGUACAGAUGUCAAACUCUUAGUCUGGAUAAUUUCCUCACUUCUGUACUUAAUUAUGCUUUCAUGGAACAUUUUAUUUUGCAAUCAGGUGCUGUUUUCCAGCUCGGACUAGCCUGCAAAUUAUCUAGUCGGCACAUGUUAGACCUCACACCUUGACUCACGUUUAUUUCAUUUCUUAGAAUCUUAUUUGUUCCCCCUUCUCUGUCAAUCCAGUUUUUAUUCUGUUGAUUCUGUAUAAGUAUCACAGCUGGACUUUUCGCCUGUCAAUCAAUUUCAAGGGUAAAAGCCCCUUAAAGUGUCUAACGAGCUAUUCUGAAGACAUCUGAAUGGACAUAUAAUCCUAAUAUACAUUACUGCUGUGACCAUGAUUGACAUUUUUGGCUUGCAGCUUUAAGGAAAAAUACUUCCCUGUACUGUUAUUUGGUCUUGCAGAGACUUGCAGGACAGAGCCUGAAGGUCAUCUCCAAGCUGUUUGAACACAUUCCUCACUUGCUCCCACCUCCACUCUUCUCUCAGCAGUCACGCAUCCAACAAGUCACACCUUCAUGUCUUGGCCCACUGAUUAUUUUUCUGUCAGAAUGGGGUCAUGCCUAUAUCUUUUAUAGGAUAUACCGUGUGUCAGAACACAACACUUUUAUUUAUGUCCUAUAAGGUACGGCAAAUGUGUGAGCGAUUGGAAAAGGCGUGUCGUUAGCAGAAAGCUGACGUCAGUCUUGAAUGUGACUCAUGUAAAAUGGAGAUGCUCGUCCCAUGACAUCCAUUAACUUAAGAAGAAUUACAUUAGAAGUGUGUGUAUAUUGUGGAGAUUUGUGUACAUACUUUGUGUUUUUUACUAUGUGGAAACAUUUACACCCCUAUGGCAUUGAAUGAGUUAGGUACAGAAUUUUUGGGGGGGACAGUGUUAAUCGACAGUCCGACAUAACAACUUUGCUCAGUUUUGUUUGAAAUAAUUUUUUUUUUUCAAAAAAAAUUUCAUCCUUAUGGAGCAUUUAAAGUCAAGGUGUGCCGCCUGCUAUUUUUCUUCUAUUCCUUACUUGUUAUGUAUCAUUAAGAGCAUGUAGCAAAAUCCACUUGUUCCACUCAACCAAAGAGAUACUUACACGUGCUGUCUGGCAAGUACUCUCAGCGUUUUUUUCCCUAAAUGUUUUUAUUACAUUAUCAAAUGUGCAGCCUUUGAGCCAAUUGUGGCUCAUGGGAUCAUAUUUUGCGACCACCAUUUGACAUCCAAUUGCCGUGUUCAUGUUGCCCGCAUGUAUUUUGCCGGGUGCUUUAAAAUAUAAAUAAUUUUAAAUGAAGUGAAUUAAUUUAAGGAUCAAUUUUGGGGAAAAAAUAUUUUAAUAGCAUUUUUUGUAAUGCAAAUCUAAAAAUGAAAUUAGUUUAAAAAAAUUAUUAAAUUAAAAAGAGUGAAGACAUAAAUUCAAAUAAGUAAGCUCCAUGUGUGAUUUUGAUCCGGGAAUUUUUUGGUUUUGUUUUGUGACCUUACAUAGCUUAACUCUCUGGCUGCCAUUGACUAAUCGAAUGAUUACUUUCAACCAUCCUACCACAACAGUUACACUGUGACCUGGGCUGGCAGUGAUUAAGUUAAGUCAAUGAUAACUUUUGAAUAGAUGACCUUUGUCCCUGAAAGGGUUAAUUUAGCCCCUUUUCUGAUAUUCUUAAAAACACAUUGGAGGUUAAUGUUGCAUUAUUGUACCAUCAGUCUCCUGUGGAUUAAAAUCGUUGACCAACAUCCACAUGUUGAGAAGUGAAUAAUUAUGAGAAAACCUCGUGGUCCUCCGUUGUCGAAUGCUUAAUGGUGACUGACACGCUCAAUGUGGCGUACUCUUCGCAUGUUCCUGUGGUUCCAUUUGGAAGUGGAAAACCAAACCAAAGCGACUAAGUUUGUGCCGAGUUCAUACUGUGCUGUGGAAAAGCACUCUUGAAAAAGAUGGAAACAAUUGCCACACUGUUUGGAAAAUCCCAUCAUUUCAUACAUAUUUGAACAAGGUUUUCACAUAUGUUUACAUUAUGGUACACCUCUGCCUUCUUCCAAAUUGCUGCAACAACAACAAAAAAGGCUCUGUGAAGAUACUGGUAAUCAUUUGACAUGUUCACAUUCGCUGAAAAAAAAUUGUAGGUCAACAUGGAAUUUCUUAAAUGUGGAUACAAAGUACAAAAAGUUCACUUGUUCACUUGAAAACAGUAAAUAUAGAGCAACCUUUUCCCCAGUGUAUUCCCUAAUGAUGCCGAAUGAUGGCAGGAAAAGGUACUCUAGUUGUGCUUUUGAGUCUUAAACACUGGCCUGUCUAACCUUCAUAUCAGUUUUUUAUUUUGGAGCCAGCCAGCUGUAUCACUUUGUACACUUGUGCACCAACACAAACACUUUGAAUCCUCAAUUUCACUUUUGUGUGUGAACAUUUUUGUGUUGGACCUUUCUUAACAUGUGAAUAAUUGUAUUUUCUCUGCCAGCUUUUACACUAGUCACUUUGGAUAGUAGCAUACUUGAAGGGGAAAAGGAAUUAUUGCAUAAGGCUUAUUUUUUAUUUUGACUGUGAGUUUGUAUCUACCAACAGCCGUCUCAUGGCAUUUGUAGCACACAACAAACGUUUUUGUAUCAUUUUUAUUUUGUCACUGCAAAAUGUUAGAGUAACAUGUGGACAAAGACGGCUGCCUUAGAAGUUUUAGUAUUAAAACAAAAAAUGUGCUGAAAUGCUUGUGUUAUUGUGUUGCUCUCGUUUCUCCGUCAAUGCAUGUAACCAAAUCUCCUAAAGUUGUGCAACAACCGCACAUCUUUGCAACGUGUCAUUGUGCAUCAUUAUUUUUGAUUGCAUGAAAAUAAUCCUGACCACACAGUGCCUGAAAGUUACACUUGUGUGUAAGUGCAAGUUGGUGUGUGUUGGUCAUUUGGUGUCAACAGAAUGUGAAUGUUGAUCUAUCUGGGUUAGUGUGUAUUUAUUGUCUGGUGUUAAUGCGAUUCUUCUUUGUUGGUUUUACUGUGUACUUGUGGGGUGAUGGUUAUGUGUGUGUGUUUGUUCGUUGGGCUUUGUUAGUGUUUCGGCCAGAAAGACAGUGCAGCAGUGACUUUUUUUCCCCCCUCAUUUUUUUCUUUUCUUUUUUGCAUUGUCUGCUAUCAUUAGUGGCUUUCUUCUUGUCUCCUCUCAACUAUUAUUAUUCCAGGCUGUUUCUUCCCUGGAGGGAAGCAGUAGAUUUCUCGCUGUCUCUCUCGGGCUGUUAGGAUCAUUACAUGCGUCCAGUCUCCAUGUCUUUACGCUCAGGCGACCUCCAGCUAAACAGUUCCCCCCCAAAAUUCUAAAAGAGCCUGUCAAGUCAAUGCAAUGGCUUAAACGGGCAGGUGGCAUGAAACAUACAACUGUAGAGGAACUUAAUGACAUUAGAGCAUUUCUGGAAAAAUUAGAUGACCACUUGUCAUCACUCAUGUAACAUUAGCAUUUAAGCUUCGCUGUCAGCCUCUCCCAUUCCAAAAGGAUUAGACGCUGAUUACGUCAAUAGAUGUUUUUCAUAUGAAUUACUUACUACCACAACACAUUCUGUGAAUACUAUUCAUGUACCUGGACUGGCAGUGAAUGAAUUAAGAACUCCAUUAUAAAUACACUUUUUAGAAUAACAGGGUUUAUGCGGGUCAUUAAAAAGCAUUAAAAGUCAUUAAAUGGAAUUUGUCAAAAUUCAGGCUUUAAAAAACAUUAAAAGCAUUAAACAAAGGCUAGGUUCAUACUUCAGGUCUAAAUGCACGAAUCUGAUUUUUUCGUGUUUUUCCCAACUCGAGUGAGGCAUUAACUCGACAGUCUGAACAGGACAAGUCACAUAGAAGUGGACCAUUCCAAAUCCGAUCUGGGGCACUUUUGUAUGUGGUUGAAAUCCAAUCUGGGCCACAUUUUUCCAGAAUGUCGCGGCGGUCUGAACUGUCAAGUCUCCCAAAUCGGAAUUCAUGCAGCAAUUACGUCAGCAAAGAGCGAGAGUGGCACGCAAGACUGCUGUGAUGGAGCUGUUCAUUAGCGUUAACACCUAGCUUUUACUACUCAGGAGGCGGGCUUGACCACAGUCAGAAAAUGCAGAAAGGAUGAGCCUGAUAUUGCUUACAGUUUUUUUUACCGUGCGCCAAAUGAGCAAUAUUUCAGUAUUUCUUACAUGGCCGAGUAAGGGCAAACUGACGCAUGCACAGUGCAUAGUUAUUUGUUUUGAUGCUUCUGCACAUGCGGGUCAGUUUGCUCAACGCGUCUCGGACUGCGAAUUAGUGCGCAUGCAUAAUACUUGAACGGG